GGGAUGGAAGUGGGAGGCGACGGAAGAAAGAAGAUAGUGCGGAAGCCCUACGUGCUGAACGAGAUGGAAUAUGAGGCCAGUCUCCCUGAGAAGAAGUCAAACACGCUCUCACGAGACCUCAUUGACUAUGUGCGGUACAUGAUACAGAACCACGGGGAGAACUACAAGGAAAUGGCUCGAGAUGAGAAGAACUACUACCAGGAUACUCCCAAACAGAUUAAGAGAAAAAUCAACGUGUACAAGAAUUUCUAUCCCGAGGAAUACAAGGAUUUCAUUGCAUCGCUCAAGCAGGAAAAGAUGGAUGUGCAGUGA